AUCAACACUCAAAUUGACUGCAUCACAGAUAGAUAAAAAAUAAUAACAAUAAUUUGCACUAUCCAAGUUAUUUUACAUACGAACCGGCAAUAAAUUAAAUUUAUUUAUUAAUCAACAAUGUUUGUUGCCAGAAAAGCUGCUCUAUCUACAGUACGACGUGGUAAAGAUGUUUUAGUCAGGACAAAACAUACUUUACCUGACCUACCGUACGACUACAAAGCUUUGGAGCCAAUUAUCUGUGCUGAAAUAAUGCAACUACAUCAUUCCAAACAUCAUGCCACUUACGUUAAUAAUUUGAAUGUUGCUGAGGAAAAAUUGAAAGAAGCCGUGGCCAAAGGAGAUGUGAAUACUCAAAUAGCUUUAGCUCCUGCUAUCAAAUUCAAUGGUGGUGGUCAUUUAAAUCAUUCAAUUUUCUGGUGCAAUUUAUCUCCACAUUCCAGCAAACCCGAUGCUGCAUUAGCAAAGCAAAUUCAGCAAGACUUUACUAGUAUGGAAGAAAUGAAGAAACGUUUAUCAGAAACAACAGUAGCAAUCCAAGGAUCAGGUUGGGGUUGGUUGGGUUACAAUCCUAAAGAAAAACGAUUGCAAAUAGCAACUUGUGCAAAUCAGGAUCCUCUUCAAGCGACUACUGGUCUUGUUCCUCUCUUCGGUAUUGAUGUGUGGGAACAUGCUUAUUAUCUGCAAUAUAAAAAUGUUAGACCCGAUUAUGUAAAAGCCAUUUUUGAUAUCGUUAAUUGGGAUGACGUUAGUGUCAGAUUUAAAAAAGCUUCUGGACUUUAAAUCAUUUAUAUAACUCAACACAUGCAGUGAAUCAUUAGCUUUCAGCAUAUUACUACUCAAUUCAAUCAUCUAAGAUAGAAUAUAAAUCUUUUAUUAUUAUACAGUUCGUAAUUAUCUACAACAGAAUUACGUAAAUACAAGAAAAUAAAGCUGACCAAGUUUUUUAUUAA